GAAAUAUUGUUAAAGCAUCUUUGGGAUGACAUGCAGGCUCAGUUCUUAGUGCUAGUCUUGAAUAGCUUGCAACUUUUCCAGGUCUGAAACAAAACUAAGAGUCCUACAUCCAUUUCCCUGCAAUCAAAGCACAAUAUUCUGGAUCUUAUUAGAUUUUUCUUACAGAAACAUAUUCAUUCGGGUAAUUUGGGGAAAAUGACAGAAAUCUUCUCCUACACAGCUUGCAGACAAUUAUCACAAAUGUUUUUUUCAAUAAUCUUCUUUCAUGUUUCUGAAUACAUUCUAGCAAUCUCAAUCCAUGGGAGAUCAAGAGUAACCCUUAAUUCUCUUUUAAUCAGCAAAAAUUAUCUCGUGGCAAUGAUUUUCUCAUUGCUAGAGUACUUGCUUGAAAUUUAUUUUUGCCCUGGGUUGAAGGAAUACUGGUGGAUAAGUAACUUUGGCCUUGCAAUGGUUGUUUUUGGGGAAAUCAUACGGAAAUUGGCAAUUUUAACUGCUGGCAGGUCCUUCACUCAUCUUAUCAAGAUUUAUCACGAGGAGGAUCACAAAUUGGUUACUCAGGGGGUGUAUAGAUUUAUUCGUCAUCCAGGAUAUUUUGGUUUCUUCAUCUGGUCAGUUGGCACUCAGAUAAUGAUCUGUAAUCCGGUAUCUAUAAUUGCAUUUACGGUGGUUGUUUGGCUCUUUUUCUCCGACCGGAUACCAUAUGAAGAGUACUUCUUGAGACAGUUUUUCAGGUCACAAUAUGAGGAUUAUGCACGAGGUGUUUGGUCUGGGAUUCCUUUUGUGAAGUGAGAAAUGCCCAAAGUUUGUAAUCAGGGCUUCCUUGCUCAAUCCUUCUCGGUUCGUGAAGAAUGCUUCAAAGCCUUCUUUCAUAAUGUAUCUCUCUAAUCGUGGUAGUUUCAGAUAUGUUCCUUCAGGCUUCAGAUUGGUUUGUUGUGUAUGUUAAUUUGGCAUAAAGACUUGAUGGGGAAUAUUGGCUUCGAUUGAAAUAUCUGGUCUUUUGGGUGAUAUGACUUACCAGUUCUCAAUCUUUACCCAAUGGAAAGAGUUGUAAGAGUUAUCUUAUGUUGUAAGACUUAUCUGUAAAUGACAUUGUUUUAACUUCCCCAUA